UAAGGGGUCUGCAGUGAACCAGAGGAGUGAGAAACACAGCUGGGUCCAAAGUAGCAGUUCUGACGGCGUUACCAGACUCCACCAUGGAGACUCCGCCCCGCCCCCUAACCAGUAGCCAACCUAAACCGGACCCGGCCCAGUGAUGGACGGGGCCUAGCAUCCGUGGCUCCUCUUAGCCAAUGGCGCCCCGCGGCGGGCAGGAUUCCAACCAAUCCUGGCUUGCGACUGGCCUCCGGGGAGGAGCCGAGUGGCCCCCAGCCAGACCCAGAGGCCCGGGGAAAGUGAGCCCGACUUCUACCCAGCACUGGUGGAACCCAACGCUGCAGGCUUGUCGGAGGUAGUCGUGGCGACCCUGGCAGCCGAGGACAUGGGAGGCUUAAAGAGGAAACAUUCUGAUUUGGAAGAGGAAGAAGAGGAGAAGUGGGACUGGAGUCCAACAGCUCUUCGGAGCUACCAGCAAGCCCUGCUCCGAAUCUCUCUGGACAAAGUCCAGCGCAGCCUAGGCCCCAGAGCACCCAGCCUCCGCAGGCACGUCCUCAUCCACAACACGCUCCAGCAGCUCCAGGCUGCCAUUCGCCUAGCUCCAGCACCAGCCCUGCCCCCGGAGCCUCUCUUCCUAGGUGAAGAAGAUUUCUCCCUAUCUACCACCAUCGGUUCCAUCCUCAGGGAGCUAGAUACAUCCAUGGAUGAGAUGGAGCCGCCUCUGAAUCCAGCAGCUUCCUCGAGUCCCCAGAAUGAGAUCAUGUCCCAGGCUGAUCCUGUAUUCUUAGAAGCUCUGAGCUCAAGGUACCUGGGAGACUCUGGCCUGGAUGACUUCUUUCUGGACAUUGAUACAUCUGCGGUGGAAAAGGACAUUGCACUUCCACCUCCGGAGCCGCCUCAUAGCCUCUUCUGUAGCCCAGGAUCCUGGGAGUGGAAUGAACUGGACCACAUCAUGGAAAUCAUCCUGGGAUCCUAAAGCUGAUGGGAUCCUUCCAGGCGCCAGCCUCAGUGGGCCUGGGGCCUUAGAUGGGACUCUUGUAUGUGUGUGUGUGUGUCGGAGGCGCUAGACAGAGACUGUGUGGCCUCCUUUCCUCCUAUGUCAGGAUUCCACAAACUGUCCUGCAUGUGUGCGUGUCUGGUGGCCACAGCCUUCCGUGAAGGUGCGUCUUCCUCAAUUAAUUUAUCUCUUCCAAAUGCCUUAAGGAGACUCUGUUUCAGGGAGUCUAGAUUCCUCGCUUACACAUUUCUUCUGCCUCCAGUUCCCACUGUUCUUAUGACCACUAGGGUCUCAGGGAAGAUAAAACUGAACCUGUCAAGGGGUGAUGGAGGGGCUGGUCUCCAGACAGACUCAACCUCUUGGCAGGACCCCAGUACCAGCAGCCUCCUGAUUCAUAACCAGGCCGGACCAUGUGCAAUAGGGCAGAAGUCUACCAACUCCAUGCUGUGCUACUUAAGAAGAAAGAGGAGGUGGGGUUUGCAGAGGUGUAUGUUUGAGGCAUAUGUUUGUUGGUUGGUUGGUUGGUUUUGGGGGAUUUUUUUGAGUGAAAUUUUUUGUUGUUGUUGUUCUUGUUUUUUGGGGGGUUUUUUUGUUGUUUUUUGUUUUUUCUAAUAAAAACAUUUUGGAAA